AUUUUUAAUUUAUAGAAUCUUAUGUCAAGAUUUGUCAAUAACGAUACUCAAUUUUUACAAUAUAUGUCAUUCAAUGAAUGUCGAGUUUGGAGGAACUCUCAACCAAUGAUGUUGCUUAGAUGACGACAACUUAAUAUGUACCAAGACUCUCAAUAUUACAUAGAUUUGGUCAUCCCAAUUGAAAUUUUACUGUCUUAGUGUAAGAUCAUAUUUGUCUAUCAAGACACUUAAUUUAAUAUCUUAUACAAUAUGUACCAAUUGUUAAUUCCUGAAGUUUAAUAUAGACUCACCCUCAACUCAUGAUCGUUGUUUAAAUGUUGGUUUAGAAUCGGUCCAAGAUACUCACACACUGUCGAGGGUUCUAAUCUUAACAUGGUCCAUUGUUGUAUAAUUUUCUAACUUAUCAAAUAUGCAUUUGCUAAAAUUUAUUUAUCUUUGGUGUUUUUUUUAGAUAAAAAAAUCCACUACUUAUACUAAUAUCUUCAUUUUGUUGGUGUAAUGCCACAUUUAUUGUCAAUAUCUAAGCAUGAUCUUAUACUCUAAGUAAGAAAAUGAUAUCUGGACUGCGCAUUAACCGGAUUUGUGGGCAUGAUACUAUACCCUAACCCUUGAUGAGUGAACCCUAGGUCUUAGUUAUCUUAAUCAUAGAGCUUAACCCCUAAGAUUGUGCAUGUAAUUUGUUUCAUAGAUUUUAACGAAUCAUGACCAUUGAUUUUUGUUUAUAAUUAAACUCUUUAUAUAUAUAUAUAUAUAUAUAUAUAUAUAGAGAGAGAGAGAGAGAGAGUUUAAUGUAUUUUUAAGUGUAAUUAACACCUUAGUUUGACCGAAAUAUGUAAACUGUUAAGAAAAAUAAGGGGAAGUAUGAACAAAUGUAAGAGAAAAUAAGGUAUGGAAGCAUGCAUUAUAAGAGAGAAGAAACAUUGUCUUUCUUUAUCGUCUACAUUUGUACAAUCAGGUACUAUAUUAUGGCUUCGUCAAUUUUCUAUCAAAAUGAAAAAACAACUUUUGAAGCAUUUUGCUAUUUAAUACAUGUUUUCGUUGAUAGAUAUAAAUAUUAGAAAAAGACAGCGUUUGAUAACCAAAACAUAAAAUUAUAUAGUUGGUUUUUCAAAUUCAAUUGAUUAUUAAAUAUUGAUUAUCUAAACUUCUUUCAUUAUUUUUUUUUAAUUUUUUAUUACUUAUCUGUGUGUUUAAUUUAUUUUCUAUCGAAAUAUAACAUAUAUUAAGUUCUAAUAAAAAGAAAAAGAAAAAUUAAUUGAUCAGAUUUAAUCAAAUAUAUUUUUUGAAGCAUUAUAAUAUAUGUCACUCUCCAAACAUAAGUAUACUACUGCUACACAUAUAUAUUGGAAAAUACAAUUAUUGAAUAAAAAAGAAAACAUUAAAAGAAGAUAGAGAUAGCUACAUAAAUGAUCAUUAAAAUAAAAAGAAAAUAUUAAAAAAAGAUAGAUAGCUCUACAUUAAAUGAUCAUUAACUAACUUUUUUGUUUGUAAAAAAAUUGUCCACCAUGGCACCUUGUAAAUUCUCCAAAUGCUUAUGUGGCAACAAACUACUUUUGAAUUGCUAUAAUAUUAUGUAUAGAUAGAUAGAUAGAUGUUAGGCUCUUUCAAAGCUUUUUCACAUGUUCUGUUUACUUUUUGCUUGGGUUACAGCUUUGAGUUUUCAUGAUUUGCUUUAUUAAUACAACUUACAAGAAGUAGCAUGUCAUGCGUUUAUAAGGGCUGCUGCCCUAUUUAUUUACUUCGAGCUGAGGAUUUUUUACUUCGAGCUGAGUUUUCAUGAUUUGCUUUAUUGAUACAACUACAAGAAGUAUAUGUCUUGCGUUUAAAAGGUUGCUUUACAACUCCAUCUGGAUACGAUCGAUGGAUGCUAAUUUGAACUUCGAGCUGAGGAUUUUGAGGGAAAUGGUAAUGGCUCAACAAGGAACAACCUUUCCUUGUGUACAACAUCCAGAAUUCCAUCUAGCCAGGUACUGAACGUGUUUGUUUUUGUUUAUAACUACUCAACCAAAUGCUUUAUGCAUGGAUUUCUGAUACGCAAGUAGGAAAAGGCGAGUUAUGGAGUUUAAAUAUAAACUAGAAUGGUUGUCGCGGUUUGCUGCGGUUAGGAGUCUAAACUUCAGCCCGUCGAUUCCGCUUAUAGGUAAUUGGAUUGAAAAAUAAUUAUCUUGUGGUUUAUUUGUCGUUGAUUUUGUCUUUUUUCUAAUACUUAAUUUUGUAUGAAAUCUGUUAAAAUAUAAUUAAAAAUAUUUACUUCCAUAAUCUAAACGUGUAUGAGUUGGGUAUGGAUACCCAUUUAUUCGAAAGUAUUUUAAAUAUACAUACAAAAAUUAGACCUAUUUGUAUAGCUUCAAAAGUUUAGGUACCAAUAUGUAAUACACAAAAAAUUAGGUACUAAAAUAUAAUGUUUCAUCAAUAUUUGAGGACUUAUAUGCCAAAUAAAUAAAUUUAGGUUAUAAAUCUAAGGAUCUAUUGACUUUAGGUACAGAACUAUAAUUUGCAUAGUUGAGACUUAAUUACUUUUAUGGUGAUGUAUUUAAGAUGAUAAUUAUUUACUUUUCUAUAGAAAAGUGGAAACUAUUUAUUUGAUAUGUGUAGAUACUUAACCAAGCAUUCCAUGUAUAAUUGUUGAAAAUUAUAGCCCGGGUGAAAAAGAAAAACUCUAGAGCGAAGCAAAAAGAAUACAAACUGGAACUUGCUUAAAAUUUCACGCCUUCAAAUCUCAUAGUAGAAAAUGAUGACUUUCUAAUAAGUAAUAACCAAAUAUAUUUAUGUUUAAUUGGACUCGAUAUUGAGUUGAAAAAGUUAGUGGUUCAUUGUUCAAUUAUUAGUUCUCUAGACUGUUGGUGAGUUGUGUAUGGACCUAUUCAUACUUGUGAUUAAAAUACAUAAAAAGUAGUAUACUAAUUAGGCUUAAAUGAAGACGGCAAAGAAAGAAAUAAAGAAAGGUCAUGGAUGGCAAGUGAAAAAUGAAACGAAGAGAAAGUAGAUGAUGGAAAGGUUUUGACCAGUUCUUUUGGUUGGUCGUUAAUACAACAGUUAACCCUUUUCACCGUAGGAAUUUAUUGACACUUGCAUAAGUAGAUAACAUAUUUUGUUAUAUGUAGUUAGUAGAAGUUUGUUUAGUACCCCGUAAAUGUACUAAAUGAGUUUACAAAUUCGCUCUUGCAAUAUUUUAGAGUUGUCUCUCUUUUAUCAUUUAUUUAAUGUUUCAUGUAAUGAGCAAAUAUAAAAUGGUCGAAUCUUCUCGUAAAAUUUAGAUACUUUUGACAUAAUUUUUCAAUGAUUUUACAUUAAAAUUAAAUUUGAGAUAUUAAAAUGUAAAAUGUAAAAAGUGACUAAGUUGUAAUUUGUUAUGCAACAUUAACUCUACUUCAACUUUAAAUUUUAAAAAUUGUAGGUACGGAAAUCUCAUAAAAUUUAGAUAUCAAAACAUAAUUGUUCAAUGAUUUUACAUUAAAAUUAAAAUUUGGGUAUCAAAUGUAAAAUGUAUAAAGUGACAAAAAUAGUAAUUUAUUACGCAACAAUAACUCUACUUUAAAUUUAUAUAUAGUAAAUUUUAAAAAUUGUAGUUACAGAAAUCUCAUAAAUUUUAGAUAUAAAAUGUAUAAAUUUGAGGUAUUAAAAUAUAAAAUGUAUAAAGUGACUAAAGUAACAAUUUUUUACGCAAUAGUAACUCUACUUCAAAUUUAUAUAUAAUAAUAAUUUUGUUAGUUUAAAUGUCAAUAAUUUUGUUAGUGGUUUUGGUAGUAGGAGCCUUUCUAUGAAAAUGGUGUUGUUUUCUCAAUUUGUAUGCUUUUGCAUUUCCAAUUCCUCACUUUAAUACCGCUAUGCAAGUUAAGUGGAUAAGAGAUAAUCAGCAUUCAUCAACAGUGUCACUGUCUAUUGGAAGAAGACUAAACGGAUAAGCGGUCAUCAGCAUUCAAGAUGCAUGUUUGAUGUUUUAUUGAUAUUAAGCUCCAAACAAUCUGGAAGCUGACUGAUGGGGGUUGCAUAUUUUGUAAAAUUCCAUGUCCAUCAUUUUGUAAAGUCGUUGGCAGUGUAUAUCAAACUUAGUUGACUACAUACUUUUGCGUCAUAUCAUAUAUAGUUGAAUCAAUGUUGAUCUUGACUUUAGCACUACUAUUUGAAUGUGUUGUUGUUCUAAUAAUUUUGACUGUCAGAAUAUUUCAGCAAAAUGAAUUUUAAUAAUCAAUAUCUAAUAAGGAAAAAUAAAAUCUAAUAAUAAUAGCUAGAAAUUAUUGUGGUCUCUAAUCCAGGAAAUGAAUUUUAAUGACGGGAAUUUUUCAUCAUUAGAGGUGUUGCCCAGGGAGUCAUAUCCCAUCGCUAUUGAGCUAUGAUAAUAGUCAAAUGCGACUUUUAAUUAUCCUUCAAUGAUCGGGAGCUCGUCGGUAAUGUUUACAAAUCUAGCCGUGAAAAAUAGCUUUUAACGGUUGGAAAGAAACCCCGGGGGGAGGGGGGGCUCGUCGGUAAUUACUUAUGUCGGCUGUUUUAUGGCCUAUAACGAUAGUUUUGCUCUCUCGGCAAAGCUACUUUUUUGUAGUAGUACCUUCUUGCAUCCUCAAACUGAACAACCGUUGCUUUAGAUGCAGCUUGUUGGUUAAAGACUUAGUCAUGUAUAGACUCUCCAGCUUCAACAACAAGUCCGCGACAAUCUUCUCAGCAGCGACUUCAAUGAUAAUAGUGAAGCCUGCCAUUUUGAUAUGCCAGCAGCGACUUAGUCAUGUAUAGCGGCCCCCACAACCCUUACUGUUUCAAUAAAGCCUGCAUCUUGAUCUGCCAUAUAGCGAAGCUGUUCUUCUCAGUGAACUUAUCGAUCUUCAUGUUCACCGACGUCAUUCUUCAUAAUCGAAACCCUAGCCCGAUUUCCAACCGGCGCUCUGAUACCACUUGUCACGAUUGUUUUCUGCUGAUCGGGAAAUAAGAGGAUUCGACAAUGCAAGAAAUGAAAAUGCAAACACACACACACGAUUUACGUGGUUCACUAACGCAAUGUGUGUUAGCUAGUCCAUGGGCAGAAGAGAGCCAGUUUCACUAUACUUCGAGGAGAUACAUAUUACCGAGGAGUAUGAGAAGUAUUUAUAGUACUUCUCCUAGGUCUAACCCUAAUCCAAUCUGGUAAAGGAAAAGCGGUUACAACCAGGUCCAUAACUGGAACCCAGAUAACAUUGAGCACUCUUGACUUUUAGUCGUAGUGGCUGAUAGUACGAUUCCUGUCGCAUCAGCAAGUAGAAUGAGGAAAGCGUGUGUUGUUGAUGAGCGUCAUAUGUUGAACUUUUUCAAAUGAAGAGAAAUAAUUUAUUCGCCACUUCAAAACGUGUCUGUGUGAAAUUGCCAUAAAAAGAGAGUCUGUGGUUAUAGGAAAGUGACGAGAAAGUACGCAGUGCUGACAAUGACACCACCCGAUGCACCGACUAAAUCCUGUUUGUAAUGUUAGACUCUACUCCCCAAAUCUUGGAAAAAAAUCCCAAAAUACACACGUUUUAUGAAAAUUUUCCAAUCUACACAUGUUUGGGCAUCACGGCGGCCGUCAACUGCGGUGAAUACAUUCAUCGGGGCAGACUAAAGCGGUGAAUGCAUCACCGUGGUUGACGGCUGCGGUGAAGGCCUGGCAUAAGGAUGAAACUUUAAACGAACGUAACUUUGCGCUCGGUUAUCUGAUCGUCGCAAAAUAAAUUUUGAUUCCGCAUAACUUUACAAGAUCUUUCAAUCUGCAUUGAGUCUACAUCCAAAAUGAGCAAUUUUUCGAUUUCGACAAACUUUGGAAGACCAUAACAUGCUGCUCCGCAAUCAGAAUGUCAUGAAAAAUAUUUCCAUUCCGCAUAACUUUUUAAAGAAUACAACUUUGAUCAUAACCAUAAUUUUGGAAUGUAUGUUGUGAAAAGUAAAGACAAAGUUAUUCCCAAAAUGUCGUAUACCAAAAAAUAUGUCUUGUUUUGAAAAUUAUUUUCUAGUAAAAGUUGUAGUUAUUAAAAAGUUAUGCACAUUAAAAAAAAAUUAUGACGUUCGCAUUGAACAGCACAAAGUUAUGGCCUUCCAAAGUUUGGCAAACACGAAAAAUUCAUCGUUAGGGGUAGCAAACAAUAUUUUUUGAGGAUGAAGUAGGGUUGCAGAUUGAAAGAUCUUGACAAGUUAUGCGGAAUCAAAAACAAUUUCGUUACUAUCGGAUAAUCGAGCGCAAAGUUACGUUCGUUUGAAGUUUCAACCUUAGCUCGGGCCUUCACCGCUGCCAGCAACAGCGGUGAAGCCUUCACCGCGGCCAUCAACCGCGGUGAUGCAUUCAACGCUUUCGCCUUCCGCGAUGAAUGCAUUCACCGCGGUUGACGGGCGCGGUGAUACCCAAACAUUUGUAGAUUGAGAAUUUUUCAUAAAACGUGUGUAUUUUG